ACAUACAUCCAUACACACUAAAUAUACAAAUAUAUAUACAUAUAUAUACAUGCACACGUCCAUACAUAUAAGGUGCAUUAUCCAUGAGGCGGUGACUGUGGAUGUCCACAAUGUCCAAGGGACUCAUGACAUCAUGAUUGAGGAGGCUAACUGCUGUCGGGAUGACUGAUCUGUGAGGGUGUUUCAGUCUCUGACUGAAGGAGCUGCUCAGCACACUCACAGACUCAUGCAGAGGGUGGUGUGGGUUGUUCAUGAUGGACGUCAGCUCUACUAACAUCCUCCUGUCGCCCACCACCUCCACAGACUCCAGAGGACAUCCCAGCACAGAGCUAGACCUCCGCACCAGUUUGUCAAUCCUGCUCCUGUCCCCGUCCGUGGAUCUGCUCCCCCAGCAGGCCACUGCGUAGAGAGAGGCGGACGCUAGCACAGUGUCAUAGAAGAAAACAGACUGGAUGUAAAAGAUGGUGAUAUCUCCUGCUUCCUGCUCCAGUCACUCACUUCCAUUCUCAGGUGUUUUACCUGUUAGACCAGGGGUCAGGAACUCCAGGCCUCAGCCUGGUUUUAGAGGUGUCAGCUGAUUUAAAAGGCUAAAUUAAAAAGUUCUGCAGAGGCCUGGUGAUGAGCUCAUGUGACUCAGGUGUGCUGACCCAGGGUGAUACCUGAAACCUGCAGGACACCGGCCCUGAGGCCCGGAGUUCCCCGCCUCUGUUUCAGUCUUAUUCCAGAUGUUAUCUGAAUAUUUCAGCAUCACUUCCUGUGCCUCCUGUCCACCUAGGUGUUGCGUCACAGAGCCGGUUUUAAGCUGAAAAAGGUCCCACGUGACCACGAUCAGCAGUAAGGUGUGAAGGAAAGAUGAGUUUGCUGCGCGCGCGCAUCACAGUCUCGUGCUUCGUCUUUAAUGAGAACUCGAACCUCCUGGCUGUAAACCGAGCCCUUGUUGCCAUGGCGACCCAGCUGCUCAGGUGUGCGCUGGCACCUGACGUUUCCCGCGGUCCCCCCUCCUCCCGGAGGUGGAGGCGGGGCCGUUGUGGUGGUGGCCUCCCCCGGCUCCUCCUCCUCCAUCAUGCCGGGCAGACAGAAGCAGCUCCUCUUCUCCGUGUGCGGGCUCCUCGGCCUCUCCUGUGCGCUCACGGCCGCGGUGGCCACCGGCCUGCCGCUCUGGCUCCGCGGGGCAGUGCUGUGCCGCACCGGGGCCGAGCUCGUCAACGCCACCGGGGCCGAGCUGGACAAGUUCGUGGGCGAGCUGAGCUACGGGCUGUUCCACGGACAGCGCGUGAAGCAGUGCGGGCUGGGGGGCCGCGCGGCGCGCUUCUCCUUCUUUCCCGACCUCCUGAGCGCCAUCCCCACGGGCCUCCACGUCACCGUCAUCUUCUUCUGUGGUGUUGUGACGCUCUUCUCCUCUGUGGCCACCGGCUUCUUCUUCUUCAACGCCUUCGGCAGACCCUACGAGACGCUGCAAGGCCCCGUGGGACUUUACCUGUGGACCUUCAUCACCUGUGUCAGCAGCUGCCUCGUCAUGGUCCUGUUUGUGUCGGAGGUAAAGCUCAGUCGUCUGUCCGAGCGGAUCGCCAACUUCAAUGAGGGGAAUUUCAUCUUCCAGACGUACACCGAGCGCUACGACCGAUGUUUCUGGCUCUUCUUCCUCAUCUUCCUCCUUCAGGGACUGAACGCCCUGCUGGUCCGACUGGCGGAAAUCCAGUUUCCCUUCCAGCAAAACAAAGAGGUGGAGCUGAGCGGCGGGGCGGCCGACCUCAUGUACUGAGAGGAGCACGGCUCAGCGGGAAAACGGCCUGAACGCCAGACUUCAUCAGCCGCCGCUUCCUGUCGCUGCAGCUCUGUCGGAAGGCUUUCCUUCACAGUCCCACGCUGAAGAAGCCGAACCCUCGCUCUUCACCAGCGUGAGGGCGUUUCCCUCGGUAACAGCGGUGAUCGUGACUCUGACGCUGAAACCACGAACAGUUCGUAGAUUUGAAAUGUUGCUCUGUGGUAGAUGACGCUGUCGAGCUCCUCUGUGUCUUCAUUUCUUUGCAGACCUGUGAUGUUUAGGUCCUCGCUGGCUCACUCGUCCUUUAGCUUCUUGUGUUUCACCGAUCACGAUGACGAUGCAUCCGGCGCCGAGCCCGUCCUGAUCCGAGCUCUUUGGUUCUGAGGACAGGCGACGCCUCGGCUCUGCUGUGUUGUUGUGUGGGAAACGUGAUCGUUGAACGCAGAGGAAGGUUUUGGACAGUGAAUCAUUGACAAAGUGUGUUUCUGUGCAAACCAUCACGAGCUAAUAAAACUGUAUCUGAG